CCUUUACUGCAGGGGAAGGCACGGUGGUCGUGGUGCAUGCUGAUUUUUCUUUUUCUCUCUUUUCUUCUUUUAUCCCCUCUCACCGAGAUUCUUGUUGCGUGUGCCGCCGCCUGGAGACGGAGCGGAGCGGCGGCGGGCAGCGCGCCGCUGCGCACGGGCUGCGUAUGGGAAGGGGGAAAGUAAAGCAGGACAAGCACAGGUGCCGAAUGUUGUUGAUGAAGUCAACGGAGGUGGACCAAGGGCUUUUCACAGACAGCUACUGCAAAGUGUGCAGCGCGCAGCUCAUCUCCGAGUCCCAGAGGGUCGCCCAUUAUGAGAGUCGGAAACACGCCAACAAAGUGCGGCUGUAUUACAUGCUACAUCCUGUGGAUGGAGGCUGCCCUGCCAAGAAGCUCAGAACAGACAACGGGAGCGACGAGGGCGACGUGGACAAGAAUAAGUGCUGCACGCUGUGUAACAUGUCCUUCACCUCAGCAGUGGUGGCACAGUCACACUACCAGGGUAAAAUCCACGCCAAGAGACUAAAGCUGCUACUGGGGGAGCAGCCCGCCAUCACAACCAAAGAGGCGUCCCCCAGUCCCGUAAAGAGCUCCCCGGAAACGUCCCCCAUGACCUCCCCGCGGCAGCGCCGCGACUCAGACCGCUACUGCCAGCUAUGCAACGCCUGGUUCAACAACCCCGGCAUGGCCCAGCAACAUUACGACGGCAAAAAGCACAAGAAGAACGCCGCCAGAGCCGACCUGCUGGAGCAGCUGGGCAAGACCCUGGACAUGGGCGAGAUGAAAGGCCUGAAGCGGAGCUACACCUGUGAAGUGUGCAGCGUCACGCUGAACUCGGUGGCACAGUACCAUGCACACCUGCAGGGCUCGAAGCACCAAAACAAUCUGAAGAAUCAGAUAUGUGUCCAGUGAGCGUCGGAUGAAAAAAAACCAAAACGCAACAACUACUGGAUUGAUGUCAGACAAGCUGUGGUCAGCUUGCCCCGUUUCCUCUGCCUCUGCCCUGCUUCUGCUCUCUCCUCCAAAUCAUUUCUCUCUCUCUCUCUCUCUCUCUUUCACUCUGUCUGUUGUGGCCGCCCUGGCAAGAAGGAGAAUAUGAUUUUUUUUUCUAUUGUAACACUCUUGCACUGUAUCAACACUCACCUGUCAGUAUACAGUACAGUUUCUCCUCAUUGCUGGCCACUCUCGCAUCAUUGACCCUUGACAUUCCACUGCAGCUGUGUCCGGUGUUUUUGAUCCUCUGACAUGACGGUGGGUCUGACACACGGCAGCCUUUCUAUAAAUGCAUGGACUCAAUUAUACUCUAUUUUCCACAGGAUGCUAGGAGCUGUAAGUGGAAUUUUGACUUGAGAAUACGAGGGUUGUUUUUAACUGCUUUUUGUUGAACAGUUGAAGUAGAACAUAUUUAUUUGAAAUUAAAAUGAAAAAGACAUGUACAUUAUAGUACUGUAUAUUAUUUAGCAUUGUGGGCUUUGACAACUGGAAAGUUAUUCUUGCCCUCAGAUUCUGUAUGGUACACACAGUGCAACUUAACUAUAAUGCUUUUAUUGCAUACAUGAGUUCAGUGGACCCUUACUGCUGAAAGGGGUUGGUGGCAAUAAUGACACUGGUUGGCCUCUUGCUGUACAGUAUGUUGUAAUGGUAUAAUUUUGUAUUGGCAGUACUGAACAGUAAAAGACUUCUGUCUGUGGCUCUGGUAGUGCUUUAAGGAGACCAGCAGAUCUAAUCCUGCACAUCAGCAUCUAGGCAGGACCAGAGAAUAGUUUUUAGAAAACAGAAUGAAAAAAGGCUUUUCUUCUGAAUGUGUUGGUCAUCAUUCCUAUCGGUAAUAACUCACCAAAUGAAUGUCUGAGCUCUGGGAACACAGCAGGAUCACUGAAAGAAGUCCAAUGGGGCGAUUAGAUGAUCAAACAGGUGGUAAACAAAAGCUCCAAAGUUCGCCAAGCUUAUGUAGAAGAAGAAAGUAAGGCAAACAAUGAAUUAAUACCUGAAACUCCCAGAUAUCCUUCUCCCCAUCCCUUAGUCCCUCAGGUCUUCCUGUGGCUCCAGUCCGAGGCCCUUCCAAAUAUCUGAGAGAUGCCCAUCCUCUGCAGGAAUUAUACUUCUGAGAAGAUACUGUACAUGACUUUGCAAACCUAUGAACAGAAGGGUGUCAUAGGCAACCGCAGAUUGCCAAUGUUUGCAGAGCUUUCACUCCAUUGAAUUUAACCCAGCCUAAAGGGAGCAGUCCCCAUUUUUCAGCAGAAUACCAUGACAUCAGACUUGGGACAAAGGACAACAUUUUUUUUGACCAAAGUGUUUGUCAGAUGGUCUAACUGUCCUCAAAAGCCCUUGCCUUCACACCUUUGAGACAUCCUUAUUGAUGGAUCUGCUCGAGUCAAUUAACUUGCCCAACUUUGUGAAACAGUCCAACAAUUACGGCCACUUCAAGCAGCAACUGGUCAUGUGGGUGGAGAUGAGACAGUAAGCAAGGUUUGAACUUGCUCACUAGCUUUAAAUAAUCUUACAUUUUUGGCUUAUUUAUCACCUGUCUGACUGUCUCAUACGUUUCUUGUCCCAGUUUGAAGAUGUAAUUACUCCUUUGCUCCCAGAUCUCAGCAGUUUGGUUAGGACAUCAUGAUCAUAACCAACAGAAAUUAUGCCAAAUGCUACAAAUAUGAGAAAUGAUUUCUUCUGAUUUCUACCGGUAAUAACAGACAUUCGAAGGUAUGGUUUAUUCCACAAAUUGGAAAAGAACAUGAUUCUUUUUCUAUGUAAAAGACGCAUAUACAUUCCAUUGUAUGUGAUCAGUGUUAUUGGCUUCGAGUUAAUUCCUCUGGUUAAGAUGCUUUCAUUUCAGUGUGGUCUUCAUCUCAGGGAGGUAUAUCUGGUUGCUUUAGUGAUAUUUAACAGUGCUGUUGAGAAUCUCACAGUCACAUGUACUGAAUCCAUUCCACUAUCGAGCCUCUUAGAAUGUGUUGGUAAUGGAGUGAACCAUAAGUGUAAUGGUUUCAGAAAAAAAAGAGAUAUUGUAGAUGUAUCAAAGGGUAAUUUAGCUUUAUAUACCUUACCAGUGGAAAGCGUUGGAACACCUCCAUUUGCAAACAAUUCCUUCAAGUGUCCGAACUUUGGUUUGAAGACUUACAAGCCCUCUGUCUGUACAAAGGCAGAUGAUGCAUUAUCAGGACAAUACUACACUGCAGGAAGUAGUACUAUAUUACUAUCGGUGGAGAGAAAAUGAUAAGUAACAGAUGAACGCAGGCUGGUCAAGCAGUGGUUCAUCCUGCAGCAAGAUAAUGAGCCAGAACAUCUGAAACAAAGAAACAGACGGAGGCGUCACAUGAUGGAAGAGUAGCACAGUUUCCAGACUUAAACCCUAUGGAGCUGCAACUUUCCGAACAAUGUUUCAUUUUCAUUGUAGAGAGAAUGCAAUGAGUGAAUUUGGCUGCUGGAUGAGUCUAAAAUUUACAGUCAUUUUCGGAUUCAAAGACUCCACGAUUCCUUUUUUUUAUGUUCAAUUGUUUAUUUGUUCUGUGCUUUAAUUUCAGAAUCGCUGAGACAUUGAAUUAUUUAUGAGACAUUCAAUUUUAUUUUUAAUUGAAAAAUUGAGGUGUUUACAAUGUUUUACUGGUGGCGUAUAUAGAUAUAUACAGUAUAUAUCUUAUUCAAAGCUAAUGUAGCAUUCUUAUUUCUUACAUGUCACGUUAAGAAAUUAAAGAUGUCGACUUUAAAGCCAAUUAUUAAUUCUCAUUAUCUUACUGUUGUUGAUUAGAUAAAUUUGUAAUUGCGAUCUGUUUACAGUAUAAUAGAUUUCUUCCACUGUCAUUUUCAGUGCUGUGUCAAUUGCAGAACUGUGUUUACUCAAAAUGUAGCUUUGACUGAUUUUGUUAAAGCGUUUUAUUGAGCUGAAAUUACUGGAACAUAGAUAGAAUCAACGCCAUGGACUGAAGACAAACUGCUGCUGGCUGAUGUCAGAGCUGCCGGCUGAUAUGAGAGACGCCACCGCUGACGUCAUUGACAAGAAUUUCUAGAGAUUUUUUUUUUUUUAAUAUUGCAAAAAAAGACAUGCACGUAUGAUUUGUUGUUGCAAGUCAAAUAAAUAAACCUUCACUGAAUUGCUUUUCUCAGCCUUAGAGAAAACAUUCCUGUCCAAACAUUCUGCUUCGGAGCAGUCAUUUCUCCUUCAUCACAGGAUGUCCACCUGUCAUGCAUACGCCCUCUAAUCCCUUUUUGCUCUGGGUUAUGUGCUCUAUUGUGUCUGAGAAAAGAAUUAAAGACACUUGCA